AAAAAAAAAAAAAAAAAAAAAAAAGAACGCAUAACAAUCUUAUUACACUUACUGUAUCACAACUGAAAAAGGAAUAUUAUGGCUGAAGGAUUCAAUAUUUUUCAAACAAUGACAAUUACACCAAGGUCAUUUCCUCGAAUGAACCUGUUUGACAUCGAGGGCGAGAGGGUCAAUGUAGAUAAACUUGCAGAAACAUCUCGCUUGAUCCUUAUAACAAUAAAAAGCACGGCCUGUCCAGCCUGCCCUCAACUUUUGAAAUUAUUAAAUGUAUUUGGUCUGGAUCCUCGAACAAAUACCUUUAUUGAUCCAUUUACUUCUCAAAAAGUAACAGUAGAAGCUAGUAAAAAGAAAAAAGAUGCAAAUUACAUUGUACUAUGUCCAGGAACGAAUGCUGAAGUACGAAAUAUCCAAAUCGAAACCCAAUUUUUUGGCUAUCCGUUUGUUUCUUCCGAAGGAGGUGCUGAUCAGUUAGUCCAAGCAUUAAAAGUAAUGCUAACAGAACAUGAAUAUUUGCCGACUAUUCUAGAAGUAUCUGAUGACGCAACAUCCGUCAGUCCUGUCUCUAUCGGUCGAGGGCCGGGCAACUAUUUCCAUGAUUAUUUGAUACAACACUUGUUUUUAGAACGUUGUAAAGAAGAAAUGAAAGGGUUUGCCACUUUAAGUAAUGCUUAUGGGUGUGUGAAUCAAUUAAAAAGAAGAGCUGCCAAAUGCAAAGAAGGAAAUAUUGCGCCUAAAUCGAUAGACUUAAACUCAACCUUGAACAGGAAAAUAAGCCCGGCGGUAUUACCCAAAAAAGCUAAAGAACUUGAAACGAUGGUGAAGGAAAAAAAUGAGAAUACCAACAGAAGCAUGCUACAUAUUCUGCCAUCGGAAUUACUAGAAAUGAUUGUAUAUCAAAUAUCUGAUGUGUCGUCUCUAAUCAAGAUAUCUGGCGUUUGUCGCGAAUUUUACGUUGCAGUUUGUAGUGUACUGAUAGGGUAUAUUCGUGAGCAAAUAUCUUUACUGAAGGAAUCGCUGCCUGAUUUGGAAGAUGCUAUUUCUGUGACUGAAAUGCAACUUGCUGACGAGCGACUCGAUCGUUGGCGUGGACAUCAAGAAGAUGUAGAUGCUGCAGUAUCUUUUAGAGAACUUCAAAAUCGAUCACAGGAAGCCAAACAUCUUUUAGAUGAGAUUAAUAGAUGGAUAGAGAAUUGGAAAUCAUUCAUUUUUUCAUCUUAUUCCGAAGAGCUUCUGGGUUGUAUAAGUGUAGGCAACUGUAUUCAUUUUCUCUACACAUUUUCUGCCGACCGUCGCACUGCAAAGAGAAGACUGCGAGAAGUGGAUAAAGCAUUCUUUGACGUUCUGACAGAGAUGCUUGAAUUGUGAAAAAGGAUUAUAAGAGGCAAAAUAAAAAGCAUGCGUGACCCAUUUUCGUAUUAAAUGAUCCAUUUUCAUUUCAAGCUGGCCAAUUAUUUUUUUUUUUCAUUGGGCCAAGUAUCUGUUGUUUUCCGUAAGGAAGAAGGAUUUAAAGCAGUCUAUAUCAAGCCCUAUGUCUCGAAAAAUCUAAAGAUGGUGGUAAGUGUUAUGCGGACAAAGCGUGACGAGUUGAUAUAUAGGGACUAUCAAACAGCAAUCUGUACUGUAUAUCCAUUCUAUGCUAUAAUCUACGAACUGCACAGUCAAAAGAAAACUACAAAAGUGCUCAUUGCAUAUGAUGUUGGUUCAACAUGAGUCAAAGAUACAAUUUCUCAAAAAAUGGAAAAUUUCGAUGUUUUGUGGAGCUUCAUAUUUGCCGCCUUUGCUUUUUUUAGGAAGGCACGAUCAGAAAGUUCAGGUACACACUUUCGGAUAGUCGGUCGAAACAUGCACAC